GGUAAUAAGAAAAGAAGAGAAAACCUUCCUCGGCAGAAAUAAUUGAGCGUAGGUUUGAUGACGUCAAAUUCCUGCGACGGACUCGCCUUCUCACUUGGAGGCUGACAUGUCUACUAAACGGCGCUCGGGCGACACAAAUAAAGGGAAAAGUGCUAAAAAGAGUAAAGAUGGGGAAGUCGCAGUUAUCAGCUCGGACCUGGAGGAUGAAGUGAUCCGGAAUGGAAUGAAAGAAGCCUGGAGGAAAAAGACGAGUUUCUCCCACGGCAGUGUGCAGUUGGACUGUGAGCCAUUUCCUCACUGUAAAAUCGCCAAUUUUGUUCAGAACGAAGGCUUUGUGGAGAAUUUGAGAGACGAACUCCUGCGACUCCAUUUCCACAGCAAAUCCAACGACCUGUACAAAUUUCAGCAGUCUGGUGAUCUAAAAAAGAGGAAAGAGCAUCACAUUUCUGCAAUAAGGUCACUUCUUUUCCUCCAAUUCCGCUCAUGGUUGUCCGAGGUAUUAGGAGUAGACUUAGAGCCGACUGUGGAUAUGUCCUGUGCGAAAUACGAGCACACGGACGUCCUGCUGUGUCACGAUGACGAACUCGAAGGCCGGAGAGUUGCGUUUAUUCUUUACUUGGUGCCUCCAUGGAACCUGAGUGAUGGAGGAACGUUAGAUUUAUACAACACAGACGAACACUAUGAGCCAGUGAGCAUAGUAAAGUCCCUCCUGCCAUGCUGGAACACUUUGUUGUUUUUUGAGGUCUCUCCUGUUUCCUACCAUCAGGUGUCAGAAGUUCUUACAGAUGAUAAAUGCCGCUUGUCUCUGAGUGGUUGGUUUCAUGGCCCGUCCCUGCAGAGACCUCUACGCUACACAGAACCAACACUUCCACGUCACACACACAUCCUCACAGAUGAGUCUGUGUUAUUUGAGUGGGUAAAUGAGAUGUACAUGGAUCCACUGUAUCAGGCCCAGGUACAGCAGGAGUUUGAGGACACUUCAGAAAUCCGUUUGCCGAAUUUUCUCCAGGAGGAGAAAUACAAGAGGGUGAUUGAGGCCUUACAAUCAGCUACAAUCGAGUGGGAGAGGAGAGGACCACCCAAUAAAAGGUGUUAUGCCCGAGCACAGCUGCAGAAUUUACCCUCGUGUCUAAAAGAAUGCUGGGAUUUAGUUUCAUCGGAGGCGUUUUUCCUUCUGCUUUCCAACCUGACCGGGCUGAGCCUCCACGCUCUCGCUCCUGCAGAUGAUGAGAGCGAGGAGCAAGGGGAAAAUAGCGAGGGGCAGGAGGGGCAAAGCAGCAUAGACACCAGAGAGGAUGAGAAAAAUGAUCCAAAUUCAUCAACUGAGGAAAAAAACCAAGGUCCUCCGGUGUGUGUUGGUGAGCUUCGUCGUUGGUCUCAUGGUGAUUACACUCUGCUGCAUGACUCUGUAAAAAGAGAGUAUGCACUGGACCUGCUGCUCCAUUUAGGCUGCUCAGGGUGGAAGCCGGAGUUUGGAGGAUUUACAUCGUACAUCGCACAUGACGAAGAUGAAGAGCUCCUGACCAUUUAUCCUGAGGACAAUUCUCUGGCAUUAGUGUACAGAGACAAAGAAACUCUGAAAUUCAUCAAACACAUCAAUCACAGCAGCGUUGUUCAGGAACAGCCGCUCACACACUUCUACGAUUUUUCUUUCACCUACUAUGAAUAAACACGACCUCACACACGGCAAAGCCUUUAAUCAACAGCAACAAACGUUCAAACAAAAGUGCGUGUUUUGUGGGUUUCUGGGUGAAUAAAUAACAUACCCAUACCUCUGUUUUACACUUUUUAAGCAAUAAUUAAACAAUUAUGUUUCAGUCA